CCUGACCAUGCCCAACAUCGUGCUCUUCAGCGGCAGCUCACACCAGGACCUGUCUCAGCGCGUGGCCGACCGGCUGGGCCUGGAGCUGGGCAAGGUGGUCACCAAGAAGUUCAGCAACCAGGAGACCAGCUUCUUCGUCUUCCUGCGACUCUGCUGUGUCCCGCAGCAAGGCCAUGGCUUGAAUGUAACUGCUGCCCAUGUCUCAGGUCCACAGGAAGCGGUCGCCUCUGUCCAGUGAAGUCAGGCUGGUGGCCCCCUCUGAAGCCGGACCAGCAGCUCCUUUUUUUUCCACUUUCCUGAGUCCACGCAGCUCUUGACUAAUUACAAGUUGGUCCCAUUUCUCCCCCCACUUAAAUAUCUUCCACUGUACUCACUUACUGAUCUUCUUUUUUUUUUUUAAGUUACCGAUCGUUUUGAUAUCUUUGGCAAAGAUUCAGUUCAGGCAACAUUUCCAACAAGCGGUGCUGGAACAAUUGUUGGCAGCUGCAAAAAGAACCCCAAAAAAGUCCAUCCAUACUUCCCACCAUUUCAAAAAUGAACUUGAAAUGGAUCGCAGGCCUAAAUGUAAAACCUAGAACUAGAAAUUUCUAGGAGAAAACAUCGGAGGAGAAUCUUGAUGCCCUUGAGGUGGGCAAAGAUUGCUUAAAUACCGAGGGGUUAUUAUUAUUACAUGGAGAGAAGGUGGAGGUUGCUGUUUUCAGCUUGUUAGGAUAUGGGAAACCCUUAUUCCAGGUGGGAAAUCACCACUGCAUAACCCUGAUGAUAAUAUAAGUGAAGAAACAUUUGUGAAUGAGUAUCAGGUGGUGUUACUGCACGAGUCCUUCAGCUAAAGAAUUCCACUUGGCAGAGUUUUAUCCAGAGGUCUCAGAGGAAGUCCAGGGCUCUGGAGAAGGAUAGUGUAUUUAUGUUUGAAUGCCACAAUAUCUGGCAGUCCUGUUCAAGUUGCAGUAGCUUUCAGAAGAAUGGGAUGAUAGUUUGUCUCCUGGCGGCAGUGUCAUAUAAGUCAAGGAAAAAUUUUUAUUUGGUUUUGAGUAUUUUAUAACUACCACUCGAUAAUUAGAAAUCAUGAGGUGUGAGAAACCACUCAGCCUGAAGUCUGGGAAUUGCUAUAUAGUUACAUUUUAUGUUUUUAAUAUCUAGACUAUAAAAGGUUAACUUCCUGACUUUUCUCUUUCCCAUGAACUGUCUAGGCCCAGAGGUUGAUUCUUUUAUAAGGAGGACUGUAUCAGAUACUGCACUAGUGAUCCGGUUUUUACCGUGGGGUCCUAGAGGUGAGAAGCAGAAGGGCAAAGGAAGAGAUAAUUGAUACAAUUCAUGUCCAGGGGCCCCUUCCUGAACCUCUCCCUGAACCAAGACGAGAAAUCUGGUGUGGCGCCUGGUCCUCAACUCCUCCCAUUACCCAUUUUAAAAACACUAAUUGGACACAGAGCCUCAUGAUUUUACCUUCUCAUCUCUAAAUUAUUUAAGGUCUGCAGGGAGACAUUGGCUCCAGCUUUACAAUUGACCACUGAAGGAGCACAGUGAUGUCCUAGGACAGCACUGAUGAUGGUGUCUGAAAGUCUAUUGUAACCCAUUAUGUUGGUCAGUGAACAUGCCCAGAGCAGCUAGCUGGAUCCUGAGACCCAAAGUUCUGGUUAUCUGUUGUGUAACAAGUCACCCCAGAGCUCAACGGCUUGAAACUAAUUGUUUAUUUGAUUCUCAGACCUGCAGUUUGGACAGGGCUCAGCAAGGAAGGCUUGUUUCUAUCCUGUGUGGUGGAGGGGCUGGAGGGUCCACUUCUAAGCUGGCUCACUCACAUGGCUGCGUCGAGAUUGGCGAAAGUGUGAGGGGAGAAGAUGUGUACAUCAUCCAGAGUGGCUGCGGAGAAAUCAACGACAACCUGAUGGAACUCCUCAUCAUGAUCAACGCCUGCAAGAUCGCGUCAUCCUCCAGGGUGACCGCCGUGAUCCCGUGCUUCCCCUACGCCCGCCAAGACAAAAAGGACAAGAGUCGUGCUCCGAUUUCGGCGAAACUCGUGGCCAAUAUGCUCUCGGUCGCUGGGGCGGAUCACAUCAUCACCAUGGACCUGCAUGCCUCUCAGAUCCAGGGGUUCUUUGAUAUCCCCGUGGAUAACUUGUACGCGGAGCCCGCGGUCCUGCAGUGGAUUCGGGAGAACAUCACCGAGUGGAGAAACUGCAUCAUUGUUUCACCUGACGCCGGGGGCGCCAAAAGGGUCACGUCAAUCGCAGACAGGUUGAAUGUGGAAUUUGCCUUGAUUCACAAGGAGAGGAAGAAGGCAAAUGAAGUGGACCGGAUGGUGCUGGUGGGCGAUGUGAAGGACCGCGUGGCCAUCCUUGUGGAUGACAUGGCCGACACAUGUGGCACCAUCUGCCAUGCUGCGGACAAGCUACUCUCGGCCGGAGCCACCAAAGUUUAUGCUAUCCUUACCCAUGGGAUCUUCUCUGGGCCAGCUAUUUCCAGAAUAAAUAAUGCCGCCUUUGAGGCUGUUGUUGUGACAAACACUAUUCCCCAAGAGGACAAAAUGAAACACUGCUCCAAGAUUCAGGUUAUUGACAUUUCGAUGAUCCUGGCCGAGGCGAUUCGAAGGACCCACAACGGUGAAUCUGUGUCUUACCUGUUCAGCCACGUCCCACUGUAAAUCCAGGAUGUGAGGUGUGGAAGCAAGCCUGCUCUGGCUUCUGACUUGCGUGCAUUUGUCUGAUUAUUAGCUUUAGGACUAAGUAGUUAUAUUAAUGCAAAAGCAUCAGAUCUUUGUAUACUCCGAGGGCCACUGGUUUUCCCCCUCUUAAAGCUCCCGACCAUUUAUUUUCAGUUUGGUGGGGAGGGCAGUGGUUAUUUGAUCUUUAAGUGAACAGUCUUAAAUGAGAAAUGUUUCUGUUAUCGUGAUUUGUUCUGAUAGGUGACCUUUUUUUCCUUUGUUCUGUCAGUGCUUUGAGGCCACAACUUUCAAGUUUAUAAUUCCAUUGUGGAAGUUCACAGUUUAUGUAUUUCAGGGUUACCAAAGGUCAGCUCAGAUUAAAGCCUCUGUGUAAAUAUAAAAUGAUAAUGCCUGUGGACAUUUGGGUGAAACCCUGUAGAGAAUUAGCCUUUUGCUUCUAAGUCAACCUUAGAGAAUUUUUAAUACCCUGAAUUUUGAGUAUUUGUUUUAGUGAUCAGGUUUCCAAGAAACCAUUUUGGUUAUUAUGCUUAAUUUGGACCAAAUUUUAUGUAGCUGAAGAUGGCCACUGACACGUUUAAUUCUGGUAAACAUUAGACAUAUCAGAGGCAAUGUAGUUCAGUAUUUUUUUAUUGCCACUUCUAAAAAUCGUAACUGUCACUUAUCUGAAAUACCUUGUUCUAAAAUUCCAAAAUUAUGUUCAGCAAUAGAGCUGACAGAGAAACUGUUUUGAGGUAGUCUGCAAGUACACUGUCACAUUCAUGCUGUGUCCAUCCCAGAUGCACCUCAUGUCCUGCCAUCUUGUUUUUUUUAAUGUCCUGUUUUUAGCUCUAGCUUUUACUUUGCUUUUUUUCCAAGAGUUUCAUGUUGUGGAUUUCCGUCACAACAAAGACUUCUUCGCUAAGUCCCCUCACAUUUACUAGUCUGAUCUCUGUUUUGCUUUUAACAUGAGAAAAAGAUGAAUUAUUUGUGGGUGCCUCCAAAUACAUAUUUAAAUAUUAUUUCCUUAGUGUUGAUCUCAUGGUCUUUUGCCUUUUGUACUCACAAGUAUCAAGCCUUCUAGGCAACAGAUUAUUGUAACUAAAGCAGUUACCUGAAAAGUGUGGGUGAGAAAGGCCUAGAAAAAAAAGGACAAAUAAGGAAACAUUAGUUGCUCCAUGAAGUUAAUGUUCAAAUGGUGGCCCAGGAGUGAUGGUGGAGGGGAGAUAGCUUUAUCCACAGGUGGCUUUUGACGGCUGCUGAGUGAGGCGCGCCCAUCUCCGGUGGCAGGCGGCAAGCAUCAACUCUGAAUUUUCCUAAGUGCGCGUUGGUGGACAACCAACUGAGCGCUUCCGCCCCCAAAGAAGAAAAUGUGCCUGCACAGACAAAGCCCAGGAAUAAUAAAUAACAAUCUCCUUCUGCUGAAUCUCAAAACUUGGAGAGAAGAAAGUCUCUGAUCUAAAUUCUGUGGGUGGAAAAAUGAAAUCUGUUUAAGUUGUUAACAAACCUGAAUAACAGUCUUUAAGGUUUCAGACUUCAGUACAGCAGAGGGUGAAUCAAAGUUUAAAAGUAUCAUCUUAGUCAUCGCAGAGACUAGCAUUUUGCUGUACCUUAAGAGGGCUUUUGAGAAAAAAUCCUAGUGUAGCCUGGUUAAGGUCAGCUAUUCAAUAUGAUGGACGUUAUCUAGACAAGAGUUGAUUUGAGAUAUGUGAAGAGCCUAUUUAGAUGUAUGUAAUUUUUAUUUUGGACAAAUGAGUGAUAUCUGUAUUUCUUGAAAUUUCUAUGCAUAGAGAAAUGAAAAUGUAGUUAUGAACGCACGCAGGUAGACAGCUUCGCAUCCCAGUGUGGACAUGAUGACAAUGACUAAAACCAGUUGAUUUAAAGGUAGUCAUUUCAUCUAAGAUUUAAGAGUCUAACACAUAGAGCUACUUUUAAAAUAAUGAUCUUCAGAUAAAGAGAUAAAAAUCGGUAUUGUCAUUCUCUGAAUUAAGAACUGAUUGUUUCUAUGGUUAUUUAUCUCCACUUUUGUAUUUUAAAGUACUUCUGGUACAUCUGUCAACUAAAUAGACUAGAGGUAGCCCUGCACGGCGGCGAUGUAGCCCUUAACUAUUUGAUGGUCCAGUUCGAAAAAGAUGAUGAAGACAGCCUUGAGAGCAGCGUAAUCCCAGAACUUGUGCGUCCCUUGCUGCUUAUGCGGAAACAUUUCAGUGAAACCACCAAAUAUAUUGCUCCUGUCUGACUCUGCUGCAUGGCAGUUGACUUGGCGUACAUCUAACCAAAAAGGGGAGCCAGAGAAAUAUGAAUAUACCAAAGUUGCUCAGUUUCCAAGUUAAGUUACAUUAACCAACUUAAAGAGGUUCGUAGUAUAACUUUCCUUUGGUAGAUAUGAUGUCAAAUAGAUUGAGGAACUAUGUCAUUUGCAGUGCUUGUAUUGGUUUAGAAUAUAGGAUUCGAAGAUCUUCCAACACUGUACUAAAAACAUUUCAAUAAAAUCAUGCUCCUUCUUUCUUUCA